AUGAGUGAACCCAACCCAACGAAAAAUCUGGAGAGUUUGCAAUCGUCAAGCAAGGCUAUCAUGAACACGAGAAUGGAACCGUCUUAUCUGCAGCAGCCGAACAUGCCAGAUACCACCGGAAAAAAUGAGGUAGAUGAGCCGAGAGUGCCAAAUGAUGAUCCGAAGAAGCUGGAGGAGUUGGAGAAAAAGGUGGAUAUUUUAUUAGAAAAAAUGGAGAAGUUGGAGAAACUGGAUAAAAAGGCGUUACAAAUGGCCAAGAACAAGUUAAACGCUCAGAGGGGACAACGCACACCGAUAGACAGCAAUGCAAUAGAAACAGAUGAACCAGGAAAAAAAUUGGCUUCUCUUCUAUCAGAAACCCCGGGUUUACUGAAAAAUUUCCGCGAAUUGGUUAAUGAAAAUCUGAUGGAGAAUAACAGAGCGGACGUUGACUCGAUCAGAAAUAAAUUUGAUUUAAUACUGAAGUUUUUAAAUGUAUUUGAUGCAAGAAAGAGGCAUGGCCAGAAUAUGAACGAAAAGUGUAUUCCUGUACGUAACAAAAAAACUCUUGAAAGGAACAGAAAGCGUCGUGAUUUGAACAAAGAAUGUCGUGAAUUGAACAAAGAAUGUCGUAAAUUGAACAAGGAGUGUCGCCAUUUGAUCAAUGAGAGUCCUGACUUUGACAGAGAUAGCUGUGAUUUGAACAAAGAGUGCCGUGAUUUGAACCAAGAGUGCCGUGAUUUGAACCAAGAGUGCCGUGAUUUGAACAAAGAGAGUCCUGACUUGAACACAAGGAGCCUUGAUUUGAUUAAAGAGCGUCGCGAUUUGAACAAAGAGUAUCGCGAUUUGAACAAAGUGUGCCGUGAUUUGAACAAAGAGUGCCGUGAAUUGUCUAAAAAUGGUUGUGAUUUGAACGAAGAGUGCCGUGAUUUGAACCAAUUUGAUCCUGAUUUGAACGACGAUGAUAUUGAUUUGAACGAAGAACGCAGUGUCUUGAGCAAAGAGUGGCAUGAUUUGAGCAAAGAAUCUAGUGAUUUCAUCAAAGAGUGUGGUGAUUUGAACAAAGAGUGCAGUGAUUUGAUCAAAAGUUGUCGUGGUUCGAACAAUGAAAAUCCCGAUUUGAAAAAAAAUAAAUGCCGUGAUUUAAAAGAAAAGUGCCUUGAGUUGAAUAAAGAAGGUCGUUGUCUGAACAAAGACAGUAUUGAUUUGAUCAAAGAGUGUCGCGAAUUGAAGAAAGAGUGUGAAGAUUUGAAGGCAUUAUGUGCUAGUUGCGAAUUCCGGUCAACGUUCCAACUAGUGUUGUGGUGUAAGGAGAAGGUACACAAUGUGAAGGGCUCUUCUAACGAUGAUCGGAAAACGAAAAUUCCCCGUUCCUGGAAAGAUAUCGUGAAAGAACUCAAAACUACGCUAGGAUUAGAUUGUACGGAGAUUUGCCAGAUUCUCGACUGCCCAAAUACUACAAACAUCGUGGGAGGACAUAUGGAAAAACAUAUUGAAGAUCCUUACUGGUAUAUUCUACCAAUUUGCAACACUCAUAACCAGAGAGACACGUAUGAUCCAGAAGGAUUAGUGUUGGAAACGUCUCACGUUGUUUUUGCUGUACGAAUUGAAAAGAAGAAUAUUGAGGCACAAGAAAAAAAGGCGUGUAAAUUUUGUGGAAAACUAUUGGCAAAAAGUUACAUAUGCGAGCACGAGAAGAAUUAUUGCCCAAAAAUCCGAAGCAGCAACCAGUAA